GGCUCUGUACAAUACAGUCGUGACAUCAAUGGAAGCCUAUGUUAGCAGGGUAGCUUGGACUGCGCACCAUGAAUAAGAACAGUUUGUCACAUUAAUUGCUACGUGUCGCCCAGUAGAAUGGUAGAUGCUGCUAGAUAAAUAAGCUUGAUAUGGCAUUCGUGCUGCAGCUUGCAGUGCUGCUCGCGCCAUUUCUCUGCGAUGUCGCUGCUGGCUUCGCGAGCAGGUGGCGCAACGUGCCGCAGCUGCAAAUCCCGCAGGGCGUGGUGUACAAUCUGCCCCCAUUUGAAUACGUCAACGGUAGCGUCAGCCCCGCCCCGAACGCUAGCCACCCGCACCUGGAGAUGCCGGGAAAUCCGCAUGAGGCCGUGCGCAAGCGCUGUGCACUGGCACGCGGCACAUGGUGCGGAGGAUGGAUGCGCCAGGACCCGCUGCCGUACAAAGCGGUGCCGCGCGGAAGCAAGGAGUGCCCCAACGCCUGCAGCGGCUGGGGCAACUGCAACCACGACACGGGGCUGUGCGAGUGCCCGGCGGGCCGUGACGGGGACGACUGCGGCAAGGAGUUCAAGCGGCCGUGCACCGACCACCACCGGGGGAAAGGGGAUGUGCUGCGCACGGAGCCGGCGUCGCACAUUGGGCCCGACGGGUUGGACCUGGACGUCACAAAUCUGAGGUGGACGGCCUCCCGUUGCCACGGGUACUGCGAUGACAAUGUGGCGGCGUGUUACUGCGGCGAGGGCAGCCUGCGGCGAAUACCCGCGCCGCCGGGGGCGCCGCCCUGGACACCGCCGGUGCAGCACGGCCGGCCGCUGGCGGACGGCUGCCAACCGGCAACGAGCAAGACCGGCCUUAAGUCGUGGGGCCAGGUCAAGUACGACGACAUCUACGGCCCCUCGGGGUGGUGCAACAACAGGACCUCCGCGUUCGAGUGUGGCUGCUUCCAGGAGAUUGCCCACCCCUGCGACGGCUCCGUGCCCAUGGAGACCACCUGCAUGAACCAGUGCAGCGGGCACGGCGAGUGCCACUUCGGAUACUGCAGGUGUCACACGGACUGGUACGGCUCGGACUGCAGCCGCAAGAAGGCCGGCACACCCGUGGAGCCGCCGCUUCAGGAGCAGCGGCCCUGGCUGCAGCAGGUGACGGCGCAGCCGCCCGCCGCCAACGUGCUGCCGCUGCCGGGCGGCCGCCGCCGGCCGCUCAUAUACGUGUACGACGUGCCGCCCAAGUACACGUCGCGGAUGCUGCAGUACCGACUGCUCGCUCAUGCCUGCCUGUGGCGGCGCUGGCUGGACGGCAACAAUACGGAGCUGACGGGCUGGACCUACAGCGUGGAGACCAUGUUCCACGAGCUGUUGCUGCAGAGCGAGCACAGGACGUUCGACCCCGAGGAGGCCGACUUCUUCUACGUGCCGCACUACGUCACCUGCUACUUCUGGCCCAUCAUGGGGUGGGCUGACGCGCCCUGGUGGCACGCACCCUACGUAGACAGCCGUCCCAUGCACGGCGCCAACAUGCUCACCGAGCUGCACGGCUGGCUGCGGACCAACCUGCCCUACUGGGACCGGCGCGGCGGGCGCGACCACAUCUGGCUCAUGGCGGCGGACGAGGGCGCCUGCUGGAUGCCCACCGCCAUCUACAACACCUCCAUUGUGCUGACGCACUGGGGCCGCCUGGAGGCCAACCACACCUCCGGCACCGCCUACCUGCAGGAUGUGUAUGACCGGCCGGUGUACGGCUUCCAGCGCUGGCCUGGCGUGGACUAUCAUCAUGACAUAGAGGGACACCCCUGCUUCGACCCGAAGAAGGACCUGGUCAUUCCCGCCUUCAAACCGCCCUUCCACUUCGCCCGCUCGCCGCUGCUGGGCGCGCCGCCGCUGCAGCGGGACAUCCUCCUGUAUUUCAGGGGCGACAGCGGCGCGUUCCGCUUGCCGCAGUAUAGCCGCGGCAUACGGCAACGCAUCACCGACCUGUCGAAUCGGCAAGACUGGUUCAACCGCUACAAGAUUGUCAUCUCGCACGGCGGCAUGGUGGGAGGCGACUACUCGGAGCACCUCGCCCGGUCCAAGUUCUGCCUGGUGGCCCCGGGCGACGGCUGGUCCCCUCGCGCCGAGGACGCCAUCCUGCACGGCUGCAUCCCGGUGGUGGUCAUGGACGGCGUGCAGGCGGUGUUCGAGAGCAUCCUGGACUGGGACUCCUUCAGCCUGCGCAUACGAGAGGACGACGCCGCGCUGGAGGCGCUGCCGCAGCUGCUGGCCAGCAUCAGCCCCGAGCGCCUGGCGCACAUGCAGAGGCACCUGGCGCGAGUGUGGCACAGGUUCGCCUACACCACCGGCCCGUUGCUGAACCGUUCCGUGACGGAGCACUACACGGCGCGGCAGUCGGAGUUCGAGGCGGCUUCCAAGCCCCCCGAGGAGCGGCAACCUGACCUGCGCGCCAUCCCCGCCACGCCGCCCGACCACCCCUUCCAGCCGCUGCGGCGGCUCCCGAACUCCGACGACGACGCGUUCGGCACCAUCAUGCAAUGGCUGUUCCACCGCAUCCCCGACACACGGGGCGGCGAUGCAGGCGCGGCGGCGGCGGCGGCGGCGGCGGCGGCGGCGGCGGCGUCAGCAGCGUGAAGUAAGGAGGGCGCCGCGGGGGAGAAGCAGGCGGUGGCGGGGUCGUAGCGGUUGUGAUAACUUGCGCGCGUUUGUGUGGCGCCUAGGAUGUGUGGAGGAUGCGUGGCGUGCAGCCGUCUAGGGCGGCUUGCUGGAGGGGCGUCUGCAUCUGACAAAGGCAGUACUAGAUGAGGGGCAGGAGGUGCGUGACGAGCAAGUGUGCGCGAGUGUUCUGAAUGGCUGCACUUUCACGUUAGGAGUAGCGGGCUGCUGGGUGCUCCAAAGCUUCACAUCAGUUACAGCGAGUCCAUGCCGAUUGAGGCAUUGCGUGAGGCCAGUGUAGGUGCAAGGGCAGGUGCAUGGACAGCGCUGGGGUAGCGGGAAUCCGUUGAGAUGAACGGAAUGCUUGACGGAACUUUUGAACCCGACCGAGUCAACA